ACUGCACUUGCGCACUAAACUGUAUGCGUAUUUCUCAACAGAGAAGACUUCUUCGACUGUCAUAUACUAACAUCACCAUAUCUUCCAGUGUUCGUAGAAGAAAAUCAACAUGCAGACAUCAAUAAUGAAUCUUCAAAUAGUGAUAAUGGGAAUUUACUUAGCAAACAACUUUCAAAGUGUUUUGCCUCAGACAUGCGAUUUCGUAGAUGAAACCGUCCCUGUAAAACAGCCAGAUGGACGCAUCGUUUGUGAAUGUGAUAGAUCCAAAGGAUAUAUAGGGCCUACUGAGUAUGCAUGCUCGUUUGUGGAAUGCCUAAAUCACAUGCUACCGGAUGACGACGCAACUUGUCAAUGUAUAGAUGACUUCUUCAAGAGAGACGGACAGUGCAUUGAAAAAUCAAGGUGUAAAGCUGAUGAAACAAUACUACACAACGGGAGUCGUUAUGACGACAGAAAAUGCGGCAAGAACGUUCCAGUGAAUAUACGACACCCACCUUUAGUGGUUAUAUCAGAUGUCAAAUCUACCUCUGCCAGUCUGGAAGUAUUCCGUAAUGCAAAUGAGACUGGUGUUCAGACCGUCACUUUCAUCUUUAAAGACCUCAAAGAAGACUUACAGCAACAACGUGUUAUCGAAACCAAGAUAGGUGAAACAGAGUUAAAAGUCAGCGCCAUCAUUACUGGUCUAGCUUCUAACACAUCCUAUCGGGUUGAGGUCUUGACUUCCGAUCAAGGUGGUACGAGUGACCCCGUCAUAUUUGUUCUGCAGACAGAAUUACCAAUAGUCCGUUUACGAGCUGCUCCUUUUGUAAAGGUGAUAGAAAAGGACCAAGUCUCGUGUACACUUGAGGUAACUCCAGACAAGGAACUAGACUCAGGUAAAAUUGCUUUGACCUUCAGGAACCUCACCGACAAUACGGAAGGACAUAUGGAGAAAGAUAUAGAGAAAGGCAAGACAGUAACUUUAUUGAAAGUGACAGGUUUGACUGCAAACACAUCCUACCAGAUUGAUGUGAAAACUGACGAUGUUUCGGGACUUAGUGAAUCAAGGCAGUUUCAGGUACAGACAGAUGCCAAUCGGAAACCUGAAAUGCAAAAUGACGAAGAAAACAGCAGCCUACUAAUCGUUGUCGGAGUAAUCACUCUUGCUGGUGUGUGUAUCCUUGUUGCAGCUGUUUUCAUUAUUAAAUGGCGGAAAUCGAGGAGGACACCGAUCCAAGAAACAGGUGCUGAUAGUCCGGCUGACAGACCAACAACAAACCUGCUUGAAGAUGGACUUCGAGCUGAAGCAUCAGUGGUCAUUCCACUAGGAGAAGUAAAUGCUGAAGCUAUAGCAUCAGAGGAAACUCCACUAAAAGAAGUAGAUGAUGAAGCGAGGAGGCCACAAAAACCCAUGACACCGAUCCAAGAAAAUACAGCAGCUGCUGAUAGUCCGGCUGACAGACCGACAACAAACCUGCUUGAAAAAAGACUUCAAGCUGAAGCAUCAGUGGUCAUUCCACUAGGAGAAAUAAAUGCUGAAGCGAGGAGGCCACAAGAACCUAUGACACCGAUCCAAGAAACAGCUGCUGAUAGUCCGGCUGACAGACCGACAACAAACCUGCUUGAAAAAGGACUUCAAGCUAUAGCAUCAGAGGAAACUCCAGUAAAAGAAGUAGAUGCUGAAGAGCCAAUUGUAUGUCAACCCGAGAGCCAGAUUCAAUAAUGUUGAGAAGACUCUUUUGUCCAAGCAUGUAGAUAUAAUCAUUGAAAGCAGCAUCUCUCGACUGAUGUUAGUGACCUACGUUUGUAAUCUAACGUUUAGCAUCAAUUUCUCAGGAAAAAACAAUUGAAGGAUACCUUGAACUCACGAUGGAGAUGUUAGUUUGUGAAUAUCUUAAGUAUGACAAAACUCUGUUUGGAGGUUGAAGGUCACGAGGACCUAGUCAGUGGGGUGUUACAGAGCUCUGAGAAAUUACUGAUAAGUUUACAUUAAACUAUGAAAUAUGAUUUUCUGACAUGGGAUAGAUAUCAGUUGCAUCUAUCUGCGUUGGGUGUUUAUUUAUUUAACUUUCAUCAGGAAAGAAUUUUCUUGAGCGAAACAAUUUGAGACCAUGGACUGAGCGUCGUGGCUGACUACUACUCAGGACUUGCCUUUACCUGACCUAUAAGCUAUACAUGUGUAAGGACUUGCCUUUACCUGGCCUAUAAGCUAUACAUGUGUAAGGACUUGCCUUUACCUGGCCUAUAAGCUAUACAUGUGUAAGGACAUGAACCUGAGAGACCAGGGAUAUACUGUGUAAUUUACAAGUAUAACAGUUCUGUAUCUAUCAACACUUCCAAUAUGCCAGCCGGUAGUAGAACACAACGAGGACAGAGUGUCAGUAACAGGACCAGUGGAAUUGGAGCUAGUCAGACAUGUUUGAAAUCAACGGACGACCGAAUGGACGAAAUCUACGUCAUUUUGAAAUCCUUGAUUAUCGAGGAGCUUCUGGGUCGGAAGUUAGAAAAACUCAAGGCUGAUAUCCAACGUGAAUGUACUGAGCGAAUCAAACACCUGGAAGAGAGAAUGAAAGACCUGGAAAUCGAAAAUGAGGACUUGAAAGUCACAGUUUCGAAACUAGAGGAAGGGAUCGAGAGCGCUAAGGAUAGAUAUUCGGAAAGCAUGGGGAAACAGAACGACGUCGAGCAACAUGGGCGAAAAAUGUCCCUGAGAAUUGUCGGAUUAAAGGAUCCUGGGGAGAGAGAAUCAGUAGAAGACUGUGUUGAGACUGUCGUGAGUUUUGUACGCGAUACGCUGAAGUUUCCAAUAUAAUCAAGUGACAUUGAUAUAGCGCACAGGCUUGGAAAGUCUAAUGGACCCAGACCAAGGAAUGUGAUAGUGAAAUUUACACAUCGCAGGAAUAAGCAAGAAAUAAUUCACGCUCGAAGGAACUUGAAAGGAUCCGACUUCGUUAUAUUUGAGGAUCUGACUAGUUUUAACCAGCUCAGGGAGGCCUUUCACAUGGAUUGUGUUAAGAACUCAUACAGUGUUGAUGGGAAACUUUUUUUGAUACUAAAGAAAGGAAAAAAACGUUAACUUUUAUUUGAUACCCAACUCGAGGAGAACUGAAUUACUUUAAUUUUGGAACCAUGAAAUAAAAUUCUUAUAUGAUACCUCAUAAUGGAAGAUCGGUAUGGACGUAAGUUACGCCAGCGCUGUCUGGUUACCGUCCUGUAACUAUAUUGGUGCUAUCCUAGUGUAUAGAAGAGUGCAGUCUAUAAGAAAUAGAGAGUUCCUUAUUAUUAUCGUGUGUGUGGUAUGAAAGUUUAUUAUUGUUCGGUAAUGAAUUAAUGCAUGAUUGGAUAUUCUAACAUGCAGGUAAGAUAAAUACUUUGCAACGUUAAAAAAAUCAAAGUAUUGACGGUUUUCUGGAGAGAGGCUUUGGCCCUUAUACACACUGAAGCAAGAUAAUCAUGUGUUUACGCAUCAUAUAUAAGUAGUAGAAGAAGAAGUUGUCUUGAUUAAAAUGAGUUGCUAUAUGUACUUUG